AUGGAAAACGUUCAGGAUUUUAUUAUAUCAAUUUUACGGGCGAACCCUUCACUGAGGGACACUAGAUCGUUCCUUGCGUCUUUUGGGCCUCGACCUACCAAACUAUUUCAGGAACAACAGUCUCAAGAUAUCAUCAUUCCACCUCCACCAUCUACUCCUCCUGCCUCAACAACUGCUACCCCCACUAUCCCCAUACAGCCUACCCCUAGCCCAGUAAUCACAUCAAUUCUCAACCCAGUUUACAACCGCACUGCGUUGGUGAAAAUACAAGGUCCAUUCACCGAUGUUCAGCUCGACAGCAUCACUCGUGGACUUGUCUAUCUGUCCAAACUUGGCCUCGUCAGUGUGAUCGUCGUAGAUAACGAUAAUCAACCGAGAGGCGAUCAAGAUGAACGGCGCGUCAUCAUUGACGAGGUAAUGCGGGUGGUUAGCAGUCUAGAGAAACAUGGUGCCAGGGCACGUCCCAUCACCGGUGCCAUCGUUCGCCUUGGCCCAAAACCAGGCUCGGAGGAUCCCACAUCAGAACUUGAUUUCACCCCCCCAGAAACGCAUACUUUGCCUCCAGAUCUUACGCCCCUUCGCUCUGCGCUUCGAGCAGGAGAGAUUCCAGUGGUUUCUCCGUUUGCCUUGGAUUCGUUCUGCCGCUCAGUCCGCGUUGACUCGAAUGAUGUCAUCGCGGGGCUUUCUGCAGAUGCCCCUUCAGACUUUUCAAAGGAAGUCGAGCUUGCACCUUUUCGGCUCAUGAUCAUCAAUCGGCACGGUGGGAUCCCAUCGUACGCUCGUUCUGGCUAUCCUCAUCUCCUCAUCAAUCUUUCCUCCGAGUACCAACAUAUCCACGAGACUUUCCGCGAGGAAUGGAGGCACACCCAUCCGAGUGCGCUCUCGAAUCUUGCUCUUGCUCGUACCUGUCUUGCAUACAUGCCGCCAACAUCAUCUGCCAUUAUGGUUUCUCACAAAUCACCAAGCUCUCUCAUCGGAAAUCUCAUCACAAAUAAGCCCGCUGUUAGCUCAAGUCUACCUCAUGCUCUUCUCCAAGGAAACCAGAGGCUUACGCCACACACGCCAACCCUCCUCAGACGAGGUCUUCCAGUACAAGUCUUUCACUCCGUCUCCGAUAUCGACAAAAUCAAGUUGAACGCCCUGCUUGAACAGUCUUUCGGGAGAAAACUGGACUCCGCAUCUUUUUAUGCUCGCCUCGAGAAAAAACUCGACUUUGUUAUCGUGGCUGGUGACUACGUCGGAGCGGCGAUUGUCACUAAUGAAGACGAUCCUGUUUCUGGAAAGCCCAUUUCUUAUUUGGACAAGUUCGCCGUUCUACCCAGUCACCAAGGUGAUGGGACAGUUGAUUUUCUUUGGGUUGCUCUUCACGAUGAGACAUAUGGCCUCGGGCAUCCGUUUUCCGCCAACCCUAACGGAGGUAAAGGGGGCAAAGGAGAAGGCCGCGACCUGGUCUGGAGGAGCAGGUCAAAGAACCCCGUGAAUAAGUGGUAUUUCGAUCGAAGUUCAGGUCACCUUCGAAUGGGAUCAUGGGUCUUAUUCUGGUGUGAUGCAGAGAAGCGACUAAAAAUUGAAGAAGGGCGACGCGGGAGCGCCGGUCUAUCAUAUGUAGAAGACUGGGAGGAGGGAAGGCUUCGCACAUGGGCAGAGGCAGUAUCUGGAAUUCCAUCAAGUUGGAUGUAG